AAGAAGUAAGCUAGGUCGAAAUCCCUUACUUUGUAGAGAGUAACCAGUAUAGUGUGUUAGUGGAAAGCGAAGCAAAGCAAAGCCCUAGACACACAGAGUUCGUUACCAAUGUCGCUCGGUAAUCAAACCCUUGAUAUCUCCGGCGAACGACAAUCAGGCCAAGACGUUCGUACUCAAAACGUGGUAGCAUGUCAAGCCGUCGCUAACAUCGUCAAAACCUCAUUAGGUCCCGUUGGUCUCGACAAGAUGCUUGUUGAUGACAUUGGUGACGUUACUAUCACUAAUGACGGUGCUACUAUACUUAAGAUGUUGGAAGUUGAACACCCCGCUGCUAAGGUUUUGGUUGAACUUGCUGAACUUCAGGAUAGAGAAGUUGGAGAUGGCACUACUUCCGUUGUUAUUGUAGCUGCAGAGCUUCUCAAAAGAGCAAAUGACCUUGUCAGGAAUAAAAUUCAUCCAACUUCAAUUAUCAGUGGAUAUAGACUUGCUAUGCGAGAAGCUUGUAAAUAUGUAGAUGAAAAGCUGGCUGUCAAGGUUGACAAGCUGGGGAAGGAUUCACUAGUCAACUGCGCCAAGACCAGCAUGUCGUCAAAGCUGAUAGCCGGCGACAGUGAUUUUUUUGCCAAUUUGGUUGUAGAUGCAGUGCAAGCUGUAAAGAUGACCAAUGCUCGGGGUGAAGUUAGAUACCCAAUCAAGGGAAUUAAUAUAUUAAAGGCACAUGGUAAAAGUGCUAAAGACAGCUUUUUGAUGAAUGGUUAUGCUCUAAAUACUGGCCGUGCUGCACAAGGAAUGCCUCUUAAGGUUUCCCCUGCAAAAAUUGCUUGUCUUGAUUUCAAUCUUCAGAAGACAAAAAUGCAAUUGGGUGUUCAAGUAUUAGUUUCUGAUCCCAGGGAACUUGAGAAAAUUCGCCAAAGAGAGGCUGAUACGACUAAGGAACGCAUUGAAAAACUACUGAAAGCUGGAGCCAAUGUUGUUCUAACCACUAAAGGGAUUGAUGACAUGGCACUCAAGUACUUUGUUGAGGCUGGAGCAAUUGCUGUGAGACGUGUGCGGAAAGAGGAUAUGCGUCAUGUUGCCAAAGCAACUGGGGCAACUUUGGUCUCAACAUUUGCUGACAUGGAAGGGGAGGAAACUUUUGAACCAUCAUUUCUUGGAACUGCAGAUGAGGUUGUUGAGGAGCGUAUAGCUGACGAUGCUGUAAUCAUGAUUAAAGGAACCAAAACUUCUAGUGCAGUCUCUUUGAUUCUCAGAGGUGCAAAUGACUAUAUGCUUGAUGAGAUGGAUAGAGCUCUCCAUGAUGCACUAUCAAUUGUCAAGAGAACGCUUGAGUCAAAUACCGUGGUGGCUGGUGGAGGUGCUGUUGAAUCAGCAUUAUCAGUUUAUUUGGAAUACCUUGCUACAACUUUAGGAUCGCGGGAGCAGUUGGCUAUAGCAGAGUUUGCUGAGUCUCUGUUGAUCAUUCCAAAGGUUCUUGCUGUCAAUGCUGCUAAGGAUGCCACAGAGCUGGUUGCAAAAUUACGGGCCUACCACCAUACUGCACAAACUAAAGCAGAUAAGAAGCAUUUAUCAAGCAUGGGUUUGGAUCUUUCAGAAGGAAAGAUUAGAAACAACUUGGAGGCUGGAGUAAUCGAGCCUGCGAUGAGCAAAGUCAAAAUUAUUCAGUUUGCAACUGAAGCUGCUAUUACUAUUCUCCGGAUCGAUGACAUGAUCAAGCUUGUCAAGGAGGAAGGUCAAAAUGGGGAGGAAUAGUGUGUAGCUGAAUUUUGGGGUCAUUUACUUCCUAGAUCUUGCUAAAGGGAGGGCUGUACUGGUGUGCAUUUGAAGAGGAAGCUAUAUUUAUUGCCCUUGAUGGUUUUGGAGGGAGAAUGUUUUAUUUUUCUUUCCGAAAGUAGCUAUUUUGUUUUUUUACAUAUUUGCAGCUAAUAUUUUGUAUUAGGGUGAGAACAUUUUGUUUUGGCAAACAUUUGAAAAGUGGCAGUGUGUCGUGCAUUGGCUGGUUGCAUGAUGUACAUGCCUUUCCAGGGCAUUGUUUGGUUUGUGGAAUUUUGACGUUUCAUUGGUAGUUAUUAGUGUUUAAUGUAACAACAUACUAAGUGGGAUUAUAGUGCCAAUAUUUUUGAUAGAAGCGUAACUUACAUUUGUUUUAA